AUGCCCGACAUUGCGAGUAUUACGCGGCACAAAGGCUCCGUUGCAUGCGAAGGUUCGAAGGCAUUAGCCCGCCGAGCUUUGAUAACGGCGCGGGCCGCCUUAUCACCGCGCCCGCGUCCACAGCGCAGUCGCCACAUUCACUCGGAUUCUACCGCGGCCGAACCACCCUGUCUACAGCCAGAGAUCAUGCGAUGCUUGACGCUGGAGUCAAGGAGAGCGGCCGGCGCCGACCACGCCCGCGCUCUCCCCGCGCCCCUACCACCGACCCGCGAACCACUUCAUACAAACUUUACCAGCACAUCGACAGAGUCAAUUGUUAUUCAUUCUUGGAAGGCCGUCGAAAGGGGCGAGAGGAGUGAAGCGGUUAUCAUCAAACGUCGAUCUGGAAUGGUGGCGGUGGCGGGCAAAACGAGGCUGCUACAUCCGUUCUCUAAGGUCUUUGGCGACCACGCC